ACAACCGACAAGUAGCAGCGUAGCAGCAGUCAUGGCAACCAACGCCGCGUUUUGGAUGGGUGGUAAAACCAUUGCGAUUCCGAUGACGAUGUUCCGUGAAAAUCGGGAAAAAGUCAUCGGCGAGCUCCGGAAGGCUCGCACCUUCGAGGGCCGGGCGCAGAUUGUGCUCCAGGGUGGUGACAACCUGAGCCUCUACGACACCGACGUGGACUACGUCUUUCGCCAGGAGUCCUAUUUCAUGUACCUGUUCGGCGUAACGGAACCCGGCUGCUACGGCACCGUGGAUGUGGCGACCGGAACUACAACCCUAUUCGUGCCACGCCUUCCGACCGAGUAUGCCGUUUGGAUGGGCCCUCUUCUAUCGUUGGACGACUUCAAGAAGAAGUACGAAGUCGACGCGGUGCACUAUGCGGAUGAGAUUGACGUCAAACUAGGUGAACUCAAUCCAUCUGUUCUGCUGACUUUGUGCGGUUCAAACAGCGAUAGCGGAUUGGAAGCGAAACCGGCCAACUUCAAAGGAAUCGAAAAGUUCGUCGUCGAUUCGGAUAUUCUCUUCCCGGUGAUUGCCGAAUGUCGCGUCAUCAAGUCCCCAGCGGAGGCGGACGUGCUCCGCUACGUGGCCAAGGUUUCCUCGGAUGCGCACAAGCAGGUGAUGAAGAAGAUCCGCCCCGGCUGGCACGAGUACCAAGGAGAGGCCGAGUUCCUGCACCAUGCCUACUCGGUCGGUGGCUGCCGUCACGUGUCGUACACGUGCAUCUGCGGAGCAGGUUCCAAUUCGGCCAUCUUGCACUACGGCCACGCCGGUUCGCCGAACGAUCGUCUCAUCAAGGACGGAGAAAUGUGCCUCUUCGACAUGGGAGCCAACUACAAUGGCUACGCGGCGGACAUAACGUGCAGUUUCCCAGUGAAUGGGAAAUUCAGCGACGACCAGAAGUUGAUCUACAACGCAGUGCUGGCUGCGAGGGAUGCCGUUUGUGGAGCUGCGAAAGAAGGUGCUUCCUGGGUCGAUAUGCACCAGCUGGCCAACAGAGUAAUGCUGGCCGAGAUGAAGAAGGGUGGUUUGCUUCAGGGCGAAGUGGAUGACAUGAUGACUGCUGGAGUGAAUGCCAUUUUCCAACCGCAUGGCCUGGGACAUCUGAUAGGGCUGGACGUUCACGAUGUCGGUGGAUAUCUGCCCCAUUGCCCGGAACGUCCCUCUGAACCCGGUGUCAAUCGUCUGCGUAUGGCUCGUAAUCUGAUGGCCGGAAUGUACGUCACCAUCGAACCGGGAUGCUACUUUAUUGAACCGUUGCUCAACAAAGCCUUCGCCGAUCCGAACUUGAGCAAGUUCUUGGUCAAGGAGCAGAUCGAUCGCUUCCGCAACUUUGGUGGCGUGCGUAUUGAGGAUGAUGUUCUUAUCACCAAGACGGGAAUCGAGAACUUUACCUUUGUGCCGAGAACCGUCGAGGAAAUCGAGGCAUGGAUGGCAAAUUAGAAGACAUAUGGAGC